GCAUUCGGAAAAAAUCAAUACUACUCCGAGAGUUCUAAGGCUUCAUCAGUUUACAGACUGGUACUGGCUAAAACAUUAGUUAGUGUGUUCUAGACGGUCAAUGUUCUCUGCAGACGUUCAUAUUUAUUCGUGGCGCGCACUAAUAUUUAACGGAACAAGAUGUGGAGCACGUUUUAUACCACUUUGGCUCUGAUGGCAACUGUGCACGCUGCUACGUUUAAGGUCACAUCGCAGGUGUACAUGGACGUAUCAAUCAACGGCAAAGAAGAAGGACGAGUCAUCAUCGGGAUGUUCGGGGAAGAGGCUCCAAAGACGGUUGAGAAUUUCAGGCACAUUUGCAUACGCGGGAUCGAUGGCAUCUCGUACAAGGGCAGUCGGUUCCAUCGAGUGAUCAACAAGUUCAUGGUUCAAGGAGGUGACAUCGUGUCCGGCGAUGGACAUGGUUCGGUCAGCAUCUACGGCAAGUACUUCGAGGACGAGAACCUGCACAUCAACCAUAGCAGUUCAGGUUUCAUCGCAAUGGCCAACCGUGGUCCCAAUACCAAUGGUUGCCAGUUCUACAUCACCACCAUGCCGGCGCCGUGGCUUAACGGAAAGCACACCAUCUUCGGUAAGGUAUUGGACGGUCAAGGGGUGGUGCACAAGGUGGAACAGCAAAAGACCGACACCGAUGACUAUCCGGUGCCCACGAUUAUCAUAGAGGAUUGCGGUGACCAUCCGAUGGGCGACCCGUUUACCGUUUCCGACGAUCCGUACGAUCUUUGGGCGUGGAUAAAAGCAGCGUAUGUUCCUCUGGGCAUGAGCUUCUCCAUUCUAGCAUUCUUCCAGUACAUUAUCAGAAAACUGGAUAUCUACACGUGAGUAAGAAGUUGAUAAGUUCAUGCUAAAUAAUAUCAUAACAUUUUGAUGGAAAAUAUACUAAAAACAAAAACAAAUAA